AACAGAGUAGAUGGCGAAGGAUGAGUAUUCUCCAUUGUUUGAAACAAUAAGAAGGAGAGGAAAGUUCCUUUACAUAAUAUUCUCUCUCUCUUUGUUUGUGUGCAUUUUUUUUAUAUGGGUUUAUAGAGUUAGUCACUUACCCAAAAAUGGGAAAUGGGCAUGGAUUGGUUUGCUUUCUGCUGACCUUUGGUUUGGUCUUUAUUGGCUCCUUCGCCACCCCUUCAGAUGCAACCCUGUCUUCAGGCAACCUUUCACUCACAUACUCUCUCAAAGAUAUGAGAAGAAGUUGCCAAGAGUGGACAUAUUUGUCUGCACAGCAGACCCAGGGAUUGAGCCACCAUUGAUGGUGAUAAACACAGUGCUAUCAGUUAUGGCUUAUGACUAUCCAACAGAGAAGAUGAGUGUGUAUCUUUCAGAUGAUGCUGGUUCAGAUAUUACAUUCUAUGCUCUCUUAGAGGCAUCCAAAUUUGCCAAACAUUGGCUUCCAUUUUGCAAGAGAUUGAAGGUGGAACCCACUUCACCAGCUGCUUAUUUCAAAAAGGUUACCUCUUCCACAUCCCCUCAUAAUUCCAAGGAAUUGGUCGCCAUCCAGAAAUUAUACCAAGAUAUGGAAAAUCGGAUAGAAAAUGUAGCAAAGGUGGGUAAAGUCUCAGAAGAAGUACGCUCAAAGCAUAAAGGAUUUCUUCAGUGGGAUUCGUACUCUUCUCGACGUGACCAUGAAACCAUUCUUCAAAUAUUACUUCAUGGAAAGGAAAUGAGUGGCAUAGAUGUAGAUGGACAUGUUAUGCCCGCAUUGGUAUAUUUGGCUCGUGAGAAGAGACCUCAAUUUGCUCAUAACUUCAAAGCUGGAGCCAUGAAUUCGCUGAUAAGGGUGUCAUCAAUGAUUAGCAAUGGAGAAAUCAUUCUUAAUGUUGAUUGUGACAUGUACUCAAACAAUUCCCAAUCUCUAAGGGAUGCACUCUGCUUCUUCAUGGAUGAAGUUCAAGGCCAUGAAAUCGCUUUUGUGCAAACUCCUCAGUGCUUUGCGAACAUCACCAAGAAUGAUCUAUAUGGUGGUUCUCUACGAGUUUGUUAUGAGUUGGAAUUCCCUGGCUUGGAUGGACUUGGUGGGCCUAUGUAUAUUGGAACUGGCUGCUUUCAUAGAAGAGAGACACUUUGUGGAAGAAAGUUCGAUAAUCAAUUCAAGAAUGAUUGGGAGAGUGGAAAUAAGAAUAUUGAUCAUAUCAAAGAAGCAAGCUUGCAUGAACUGGAAGAAAAAUCAAAGGCUCUUGCAAGCUGUACCUAUGAGGAAAACACAUUAUGGGGGAAAGAGAUGGGACUACUAUAUGGUUGCUCAGUAGAGGAUGUGAUAACAGGAUUGUCUAUUCAAUGCAAAGGAUGGAAAUCAGUGUUCUAUAAUCCUCAAAGGAGAGCUUUCUUAGGUGUAGCUCCAACCACCUUGCCAGAAACACUAAUUCAACAUAAGAGAUGGUCUGAAGGAGGCUUUCAUAUUUUGCUUUCUAAGUAUAGUCCUGCAUGGUAUGCUCGUGGAUUGAUCAGUCCAGGCCUCCAAAUGAUGUAUUGUUACUAUAAUCUAUGGGUGUUUAAUUCUUGGCCAACUCUAUAUUACUGCAUCAUCCCAUCUCUCUAUCUCCUCAAAGGCAUUCCCUUGUUUCCACAGGUAUGAAUAUGUCAAGUCCAUGGUUCAUACCCUUUGCAUAUGUCAUGCUUGGUGACUCUUUUUACUGCUUGUUAGAGUUUUUGUGGUCAGGAGGCACAAUUCUGGGUUGGUGGAAUGAGUUGAGAAUAUGGCUUUAUAAGAGAACAAGCUCUUACCUCUUUGCUUUUGUUGACACCAUCAUCAAGUCUUUUGGGUUCUCAAAUUCAGCCUUUGCAAUAUCUGCCAAAGUAGCUGAAGAAAACGUUUCCCAACGAUAUGAAAAAGAAAUUAUGGAGUUUGGAAACUCCUCCCCAAUGCUCACUUUACUUGCAACACUUGCAUUGCUAAACUUGUUUUGUCUUCUUGGUGUGUUACUAAAGCAAGUACUCAUAGGGGGUCUUAGAAUUUUUGAGACAAUGGCAAUGCAAGUUUUACUAAGUGGGGUUUUGGUUCUCCUCAAUAUACCUGUGUACCAAGGCCUUUUCCUAAGGAAAGAUAAGGGAAGAUUGCCAUGGUCUGUUGCAGUUACAUCAACAACAUGGGCUCUAAGUGCAUGUGUUCUCUUUACUGCCUUUAGUUAAUAAAAAUGUUUGCUCUUAAUGCUUUUAGUUUCUUUGUUUACCAUUUGUCAGAACAUCAUUAAAAGACAUCUCAUGAUAAUAUUUCUGAAAAUUUAAAUUUGGAUUUGGAGCUAAUAAUUUCAUGUAAUUGACUUACUUUAUUGUUGUUUAUUAUUUGUCAAUAAGUCACCACAAGUGCUGAAAAUUUUAUCCACAUACUAAAUCUGUUAUGUAGCUUAGCUUAGGUAUGUGAGUAAGAUAAGGAUAUUUGAAAUGAAAAUUAAUGUUUUAAAUUUCAUUUCUUUUAUUAUUUUUUAUGUGCUAAUCGAUGGGGUGUUUUGUUAUUUUAGCUGACUUUUAAAUGCACAUACUUCAGAAACAACUAUAUGUGAUGAUAUAUGUGCAUGGUUUUUGGGUGCUAAUUUAACUUUGUAACUAG